UCUGCACUAUUAUGUUUUGCUAUUUUGGCAACUUCUGUGGCAUGGCUUUUGGUGGUUUGGCGUCGUUGUCGUAAAACUAUUUCGCUGCGAGAAAUAUCUCUUUCAAAACGUGCUUCGGUUUUUUUGGUUUAUACCGAUGAUUGUGAUGCUCAUGCUGCAGCUGUUGCCACACUGGCCGAAUUACUCAAAAAUUAUGCGAAUGCAGAUGUGUUCCUUGAUCAAUUUGAAUUGAAAUCUGCAGAUACAGUUCCAGCAAGAUGGUUCAUUGAGAAGUUGGGAACAGCCGAACACAUCGUUCUGAUUUUUUCCGAAGGAACCAGUACCAUUCUGGGUGGACGAACUUUGAUCCAGCGGCAGCCAUUCCCGGAAUUUUUUCCUACUGCUGUCAAUUUUUUAAUCUCGGUGAACCGAUUUUUUAAUUUUUUAGUAUUCAUUCGUCCUCAAAGAUAUUGA